AUGGACAUUGAUGAGGCCGGAUUACAAAGAAAGUUGAAAUUAAAUGAGCUUGAAGAGAUUCGAAAUGAGGCCUACGAUUCGGCUAUGAUUUACAAGGACAAUGCUAAAACGUUCCAUGACCGUAUGAUUAAGAAGAAAGACUUUGUCGUUGGGCAGAAAGUUCUAUUGUUUCAUUCUCGACUUAAGCUGUUUCCGGGAAAAUUACGUUCUAGAUGGCUUGGCCCGUUUGUUAUUACUCACAUUUUUCCUUCUGGUGCUAUCAGGAUUAAAGGUAUAAAGAUUGAUAAGGAGUUCACGGUCAAUGGACAUCGCUUGAAGCCGUACUAUGAAAACUUUGUGGAGCCUAACGUGGAGGAGACUUCUCUCAUUGAACCUAAAGCAAGUGAAUUUUUGGAGAUAGUCUAG